UUUCAAUUGAAAUUGCCCGGAACGACAUGAACGUAUCCAGAAAGAGAUUGUGUGCCUUUUCCAGAUACAUUCCUGAGAAUUCAUCCACACUUUCAUAGAGUACCUUAUAAAGCCUAUAAAUUUGCCAUUGCCUCUUGAACCAGAACAACUUAGUAAGAGAAGCUGAAUGAUUUUUUUUCAAGUUGUGAAAUCAAUAUACCCAUCAAACAACAAACAUGUCUGACGGCAUUUCCAGAUCACGGAGAAAAAGUAGUUCGAGCUCAAGAAAAGAAAAGAGCAACUCACGGAGACAUGAGAGUCCAUCUCCUGAUAGGUAUAGGUAUAGGCGCUCACAAGAGAGAAGACACAGUCCAUCGCCACGCAGAAAAAGCACUGAACGGCCAUCGCAGAGUAGGCGCAGUUCAUCACAAAAUAGAAGUGGAAGAAGACACAGCCAAGAAGGAGGAAUUAGGUCUUAUCGUGCCGCCGUGGACCGCUGCAUAGAGACUACUAGUGUUAGCGUUAGUGAUACAAUAAACAAGGAAAGAACAAAGACAGCAUCACGAAGUCCAAGUAGAUCGCGGAGUCAAAGUAGUACACGCUCGAGAAGAAGAGUGAGCAAAUCACCAGGUAAAACUCCAUCUUCUAGUGACAAAGCACAAGAUUAUUAUAGGAGCAGGCGUUCACAAGAGAGAAGAACUAGUCCAUGCCAACGCAGAAAAAGCACAGAAAGUGGAACUUCCAACCUAGCAAAUGCCACGUUACUGCUACCAGAUGAGCAAACAUUGGAAGAAAACGAGAUUGAGACGAAAUCAUUGAGCCUUAGUGCAGCGGAGGAACUGUCGAAGGUGCCAAAAAUUGGUGAGAUAUACAAUGAGAUAGAAGCUGAUGUGAAAAACAUAGAGAAACGGUUGAAAUUUCUUUCACAGAAACUCCAAAUGUUGUCAAUUAACGAGGCAAAUGAAAUAGCUGAUGCUGCAUAUCUUCUCAGACUUCUGAGAAAACCAAAUCAUGAGAUUGAGAUGGCCGGGAAAAUGGCUCAUAAAGGUGCCCUUUUGAUGCUUCAGGCAGAAAUGUUAUCCAACAAAGGAAAGGAACUACUUGAGCAGAGUAAAAACAAGUUAAAGUUCACUAUGCUUUGA